GGCACUUUCAUUUCGCAAAUUUGGUCCAGAAUGGUCUGUCCACUUUCUGUUAAGCGUGGAUUGGGAAAAGCAUAUUCCUAGAUGAUCCUUGGAUUUGAUUGAUGAAAUAUUUACGUCAAUAAACGAAAAGAAAAGAAGAUUCAAAUGACUAGCUUCAUCUAAACAGCGCAUCUCGUAAGACCUCUGUACCAAGCUACAUCAAGAGCAAACGUACACAGGGAUUCUUCUUUGCUCCCAAUGUCUUCAAUCGGAAUCAUUGGCGUUGGCCAAGUUGGCGCCGCCGCGGCGUACGCACUUGUUCUUGGCUCCAUUGCAGAUGAGCUACUGCUGGUAGACGUCAAGGCAGAUCUCCGAGAUGCCCAAGUGCGCGAUCUGUCAGAUGUAGCGUAUAUCAGCAACAGCAAAACUAGGGUGCGUGCGGCUGCCCACCAUGAGGUAGGCCAGUGUGACAUUGUGGUCAUCACGACCGGAUCCAACUUAUCCCCAGGCGAAACCAGCUUUCUCCACAUGUACCAGAAUGUUGCGAUCAUUCGAAGUGUCAUGAAAUACAUCGUGCCCCUCCGAUCGGAUACCAUAGUGCUGGUUGUCGCGAAUCCGGUCGACCUGAUUACCUCCCUUGCUCGAGAACUAUCGGGGCUUCCAGAUUCCCAGGUCAUAGGCUCAGGCACUUUCCUCGAUUCGGUCCGACUUCGCGGACUGCUGGCAGACCAGGCUGGGGUUUCACCCAAAUCCAUCGAUCUCUAUGUCGUAGGCACGCAUGGAUCAUCGCAAGUCGCCGCCUGGUCAACCGCCACCAUCGGCGGCAUUCCUAUCAAUAUAUCCCUCUCUGGAAAUGCAAUCGAUCGCGCCAAGUUGGAAAACGAGUGCAAAUCUCGGUCGGAAACAAUCAUCAAAGCCAAGGGGGCUACCCCCCUUGGAAUCGGCUCGAUCGUGUCGGGUAUCUGCUUUUCCAUCAUGUCGGACAAGCGCGAUGUCCGUCCCAUUAGUCACUUCCAACCGGAAUUUGGAUGCUGUUUUAGUUUGCCUGUCGUGCUUGGGAGGAAGGGUGUUGCUAGGACGAUCGAGAUGCCAUUGAAUGAGGAGGAGAGGGUGAAGUUGACCGAGUCAGCCUGGGCGUUGAAAGAAACUAUUGAUCGGGUCCAGGAGAAUCCUGGAACGUAACAAAAACUUGGAACCUGGAUUUAUUUUCUUUAUCUGACAUUGAGGAUUUGGGUAGCUGCUGGUGAAAAUUGUAUUAAUGGCUAAGGUUGUACAUGAAGUAUGUGUCAUCUGUCUACCAAGAUUACUGUAUGAUUCUUGAUUUGCAAUCUGGACACAUUUUUAGUGCAACAGUCAGUUCGAC